CCGAUCUUAUGGAACCUCCAACACUCGGUGGCUUCCUGCCACAAUUAUGGAAACCUUGGGACCCAAGAUGUACAGAGUUCUCCUGGAAGAUGGUUUCAUUACCAGACGACAUGUUGACCAGUUACAGUCCCAUUGUCGGUUACCCGAAUGCUUUACUCAAAAGCUUCCUAAGUCCAAAUCCA